AUGAAUCAACUCUAUCACAGACCCUUACCCUUCCAAACACGUCAAGGUGCCAUUCUUUCGAAGGGCCAAUCACGAUCAGCACCUCUUCUAUCAGCACUUCCGAUCAUUGCCAUUCACCACAAAAAACAAGAAAUACUCACCAUCAAGAAUAAUGCCAUAGUAAUUUAUGGAUUAUCAACACUGAGGGAGAAGUGUCGGAUAACUGUCUCGAAUUUGGUUCGUCCAACGGCGAUGGAAUUAUGUAAUGAUGAUGGAGAUCAAGUGGUUGUUUUUUGUGCUUCUGGGAUGUGUAAACUUUUGUUGAAUUUUAAAAAGAAAACGUGUGAAGUGAUGUGGAUUCGUAGUUUUGGGGAUCUUCCAGGAAAGCUUUCGUUAUUUAGGGAGAAGGAUUUGAUUUAUUAUUCGAGUAAUGAAUGCUCGUCUAAUAGGACUUGCAGUCUCGGUGUUGUGCAUGUGAGUGAUGGAAAGAUUGGAACAGAUGAUUUGAUGUUUCAGACUUCAGAUGGAAUGAUUGUUCAAAGGAGUAGAAAGAAUGCAGAAGAAUUAAUCAUUGCUUAUCCGAAAGGUAUUUCAGUAGUUUCAGGAAGAGGAAAGAAGAAGAACUUUAAUUUGGAAAAUGCAUUAAGGAAUGGUUAUUAUAAUUGUGUAGUUAAUCGAGUGUUAGCCAUGACUCAGGACGAUGAAGGAAGAAUUUAUCUCCUAUUGGACUGGUUAAAUUUGAGUCUUGCUAUUAGUGGAGGUUUUACAACAUCUAAUUAUUUACUCGUUUCUCUGAGUAAUGUUUUCAGUGAUUCAAGUAUUGAGGAGGAGGGAAAUUUAAUUUGUUGCGAGGAGAGGUGUCUUCUCUUUAAUCAGUAUACCUUUAGAAUGGAAUUUUUCAAAUAUGAAAAGAAAAAGUAUUUGUGUUUCUUCAAGAAUGAAUUGGAUCUAGUAACUGUAUCAUAUCAAGAAAUUAAUAAUGGGUACCAUUUGUUCAAAAGCUUUAUUUAUCCAUAUGUGGAUAUGCUCAUUGUUUGUGGAAUUUAA